AUGACCUCAGAAAACAAUUCAAAUUCUAAACAGACACACCAAUCGACAACAGUAACUCCUCUAUCUGAUGAAUCAACGAUGACAAGUACAUGUGCUACUCAAAGUGAUGAAAAUAUCAAUCGCGAAUGUGUCACAUUUGUAUGGUUGGAUCUACGACGAGAUUCGAUUGGCAAUUUUAUCGGUACCCUACAUGGAAUUAAUGAUUGUGUACGAACUUUUACAGAUGUAUCGACUUGUCUAGAUUACAUAAAAACUUCACAAGAGAAAAUAUUUUUCGUUUCAUCAUCGAGUAACGUAGAACUUUUAAACACAGUAAAUGCAUGCAUAGCUGUCGAAGCUAUUUUUGUGCUCGACCCUGAUACGAACAGUAUACGAGCAGAAUUUUCCAAGUUAAUCAAUAUUUUUACUCAACAAGAAGAACUUAUUCGAGUGCUUAAGACAACGUUAAAUACAUUUGAACAAAUUCAAUUAGAAAAAUUUUCAUUUGAAACAGAUAAAAUGUUUCUAUGGUGGCAAUUAUGGAAAGAAGAAAUAACCAGUAAAAAAUUGAAAGUAAACGACAAGAAUGAAUUGGUGGAACAAGCUCGACAUGAUUACCGAGGAAAUACAAAAUGGCUGAAAUUAGUUGAUGAAUUCAAUAAGUCAUACCGAACGAAUGAUGCAGUUCGGUGGUGUUUUCGUGUACCAUUUCCAUCACGUCCUCUGCGAUACGCACUCAUGUCACCAACUGUUAAGCUACUUUCAUCAUAUCAAUGUCUUAUCGUCGAUGUCAUUCGUAUCUUGCAACAGCAAUCGAAACGUGUUGGCCAUGGACAAGUCUACCGAGGAAUGAAACUGUCGAGUGAACUUAUCGAUAGUUUUGAAACUCAUAUAGAUCAAUUGGUUUGUAUGAACGGAUUUUUUACGUGUACAAAAUCGAGAAAUAUCGAAUUACAAUUGGCUGCAUCGCCGGGAUAUCGGUCAGAUCUUUCAUCUGUUUUAUUUAAAAUUGAUUUGGAUGCAUCAGUUCCGAUUGCUGAACUAAAAAUGGAGCAUGGUUCUACUAUAGUGGUUUUUGAUAUUGCAACAAGUUUUCGUGUGGUAUGCGUCAAUCGAGGUUCGAUGUCUAUUAUAAAAAUGAAGAUUGCUGCCGGUGAAGGAAAGAAAUUAGCAGAUGACCACAAAGAAAAACAUACAGGAAAAACUAUAAAAAUACUUCUCGAUGAGCUAAGUAUCCAACGAAAACCUCCAACCCCACUAUUAGUAUCACCAAAACAAUCUACAUCACCAGCAAACAAUAUUGAAGUUAGAAAUGUGUCAACUAGAGUCGACAACUCUGAAAUAUCUGAACAUGAAGUUGAAGCAAGGAAAUGUUUGAAACAUGGAGAUGUGGAUGGUGCAAUUAGGGCCUAUCGACGUAUACGGCCAAUGUCGAUUCGCAUUCUUAAAUUGAUGGGAAGAUUAUUUGCCGACGAAAAACAUGAGUACGAGAAUGCGCUCGAAUGUUAUGAACAGGCACUUAGACUCCAAGAAGAGACAGGUGAAGAUAUGGGCGAUACUCUUUCACGAUUAGGAUUGAUUCAUUAUCAUCGUAGUGAAUAUGAUUUGGCUCUUAAGUAUCAUUUGUGUGCAUUGCCCUUGUAUGAAUCUGCUCAAAUAUAUGAUUCAAGUUUAAUUGCAACUUGUCUUACUAAUAUUUCAAAUGUUUAUCAGGCGCAAGGUGAACUACACAAAGCUCUUGAUUAUGCACAACGAGCAUGGACGUUAUGUGAAUCCCAUGAAUCUGAAAAUAACAUGAUUGUAGCGAAAAGUUUGGUGUUAUUAGCAAAUAUUCAUCAUGAGCUUGGUGAUGAUGGUCAAGCACUGAAGAUUGGCACCCGUGCUUUAACAUUUUUAGAACAUACUCGCCCAUCAAAUCUAUCUCAAACAGCUGAAUUAUUGAAUACUCUAGGUCUGAUACAAAUGAAUUUAGAAGAUUUAUCCGAAGCGCGACAUUAUUUUGAACGUGCAUUAAAAAUAUAUUCUCAUAUUGCACCAACGGAACAGGAGAAAGCGGCUAAAACUGAGAAAAGUCUUCAAUGUGUACUUGAAAUGCAACACAAUAUUGAGAACUUACAGCACUAUUCUUGA